AUGUCUGUUUCGCAGUUCCGAGUAACCUGCGAUACUUACAAAAAUAAUAUUUUUUGUGGUUUCUCACUACUGCAACAGAAACAAGAAUUUGUAGAUAUGACAUUUGCCGCUGAAGGUCACUUUGUCAAGGUUCACCAGAGUUUAGUUGCAUUGUGCAGUCCCUACAUUAAAGAAAUGCUGAAAUCAUUACCUGGUCAACAUCCUGUAAUUAUAUUGAAUAAUGUAAGCUAUGAAAUACUUUGUUUUAUAUUGGAAUAUAUUUAUACUGGAGAGGUUGAAAUACCAAGUCAUAAGUUAGACAUAUUUAUUAAAGCAGCAAACAGUUUAAAUUUAUCUGGAAUUGAUAAAUUGGAAAAAAAAUCAAUAUAA